AUGGCGAUCACUCCACGAUACUGGUGUAACAGCUACUAUGACAACUGCUCAUCGUGGGAUACCUGGGGUCGCUGGGUAGCCUUCGGUGUUAUCGUCGGCUGUGCCUUCCUGAUCUUCUUCGCUUUCGCGUGCUUUAACGCCCGCCGCCGUCGCAACCACGGUCUGCGCCCCUACACCGGUACAGCAUGGAUGGCUCCUCCUCCUGGAAAUCCUCCCAACCAGCCUGGCUACCAGCAACCCUACGGCAACGACCCAUACUACUCGCAGCAACCACCACCUCAAUAUUCGGCCAACCCCCAGAACUACGGUUAUUUUGGUGCCCAACAAGCACCCGGCCAACAGCAGACCGGCAUCGAGCUCCAGCAACCAGCUCACGCCCAUGGCGCCGGUGCAAAUCAGUACGCUCCCCCUCCCGGUCCUCCCCCGGCGAAGGCAUGA